ACCUUUUUGCUUUAACGCCUCGCCGAGGCCCAGAACCAGAAGAGGCGGCACAGCACCAAUACAAAACAAACUUCGUCGCCAAAACGCACCGUUUUGAUCCUUAACCAUCACUUUUCGGGGGGAGAGAGAGAGAGAGAGAGAGAGAGCGAGAGCAAUCAUGUCGGAGAAGCCCCAACCGAUUCGCGUGUUGUAUUGUUCGGUGUGCAGUUUGCCGGCGGAGUACUGCGAGUUCGGACCCGAUUUCGAAAAAUGCAAGCCCUGGUUGAUCCGAAACGCUCCGAACCUUUACCCGGAUCUCAUCAAAGAGGCGAAUGCGAAGGAAGCUGAUAGAGUUACUGAGCAGUUACAGUCCACCGGUAUAUCUUCGGAUGGGGCUACUCCUUCAGCGCCAAAGGAAGAAGUUAAACGUCUUCCUGGUGGGAAGAUAAAGAAAAAAGAGAAGCAAGAAGUGGUUAUUGAAAAGGUUGUACGUAACAAGCGAAAAUGCAUCACCACUGUAAAAGGGCUGGAGCUUUUUGGUGUCAAACUUAGUGAUGCUUCAAAGAAGCUUGGGAAAAAGUUUGCUACAGGUGCUUCUGUUGUUAAGGGGCCUACUGAGAAGGAGCAGAUUGAUGUUCAAGGAGACAUAUCUUAUGACGUUGUGGAGUUCAUUACAGAGACCUGGCCUGAUGUCCCAGAAACUGCAAUUUUCUUUAUUGAAGAUGGAAGAAAGGUCCCAGCUGCUUGAUUUUGGAAUCAAGGCGAAUAAAUAAAAUGGAGUGUGGUACCUUGCUUUCAUCCUGCCUUUUGUGACUCGUAACCUGAUUUCCUGUAUAUGAGAAAGUAAAGGGGGGCCAGAAUUACUAGUUAAUGUUACAAGGAUCUACUCCCAGUGAGAGUUUUCGGCCCUCUCUACAGUCUCUUGUUAUCUUUAUGCCAAAGAAUAGUAAUUGUUUUUGCAGCUUGAAACUGUGUUUUAUAUAUUAAUGGAUGUGCUUUGCCA